CAUUUUUUUAAAGUCAGUUGAUCUGGUAUUGGUGUUUUAUGUCUUGGUUAUUUAAACUACAGUGUAUUUGGGUUGCAGCCCAGUAAAAUAUCACUGUGUAGGAUAAGUAGGAUGUGUUAUUUUGGGUAAUGAAUAAGAGUUGAAAAGGAUGGUUUUUGUCCUGUAUUAUGCAGUUUCAUGCAGUGAGCUGUUCUAUAGAACUGAACUGCAAGUGCUUUCUCUUGAUUUCUUCUAGGGAGUACGUGUGUGGAUAUCCUUGUCCUCUCUACUUUUAACAUUGAUAAAUCCAAAAGUUCUGCAAGAUUUGAAAAUAGCUAGGAAGACCAGCAUGCUGUGACAAAAGCUAUGUGGGAACGGUUUAUAGGGCACAGAAGAGGGAAAACAAAAUUGUAAAGUGAGCAAUGAUGCUGCGGUUUAACCAUCUCCUUUGGGUUAAAUUUACUCUGUUUCAUCUUUUGUGUUUAAAGCAAAAGCAAAAAUUCUAGAUGACCUGAGGAAUUUGCUCCUAAAACACGGCAGGGAUGGAUGAAAGUCUGAAGAUUGUGUGUGGUUUCUAAAAUCUUUGACUUGUGUAAAUAGUGGGAUUUUCAGGAAUGGGAAGCAGCUGGGAUACAAAUGAGAGGAAGAUGGCAAAAGGUAUGGCUGGUUAUGUUGCUUAUAUGGAUGAAGAUAGGACAUUUCUAAUGAAAAUGAAUGCACUUGAACAGCAAAGCCAAGUGAAGAAUUUUGUUAUGCAUACCGAAGGUCACAAAGCUAGAAGAAGAGCAUUAGAAGAUUAGAAGAGCAAGUAAAGAUGAAUUGCAAGUAAGGUGGAUGAUUAUUGUGUGGAAGAAUUAUGCUGAAUGAAGAAAAACAAAGUAUAGGUCAGAUGGAAGAAUUACUGGAAGCAGUGCAGAAGAAUCAAAGAGUUCACUUGAGAAAGAGCAGAGGGGAGAGAUGGCACUGUUUCUGUCUUGCCAAAAAGUGUUGGAUGGAAGUGUUUGCAGUAACACAGAAAUCUGUUUUUUUUAUAUUUUAGUGUCUAUUAGACAGUAGGGGUGAUUCAUAGAAGGCUGAUGAAAAAGAGAGAUCAGAAAAGUAAAGCACUUCCAUCUGGGUUUCUCCAAAGACACUGGUAACCUUUUGCACUAAUGGUGUACUGCUUCGCACGUUGAUGGCCGGAGACAGCACCCUAUCAACCGUGACACAUGUUAUUGUGGAUGAAGUACAUGAGAGGGAUCGGUUCAGUGACUUCUUGCUAAUAAAACUGAGAGAUGUGUUGCAAAGCCAAGCUAAUGUAAAACUAAUUCUUUCUAGUGCUGCUCUAGAUGCAGACCUCUUUAUUAGGUAUUUUGGAUGUUGCCCAGUAAUACACAUCCAAGGAAGACCUUUUGAAGUUAAAGAGAUGUUUUUGGAGGACAUUUUACGAAGUACUAGGUAUACAAACAAAGAGAUGAUAAAGUACAAAAAAGAGAAGCAGCAAGAAGAAAAACAGCAAAGCACUCUUACUGAGUGGUGUUCUGCUCGAGAAAAUAAUAGUAAGCUGGAACCUGAGAGACCAAGAUUUGUCCCAAGGGCAGCUGAAGAGUGUAGUCUUUUGGGUGAUGAUGGUGACACAGUAUUUAACCAACUAACUGAAAAAGAUGCGAAUUGCCUUGAACUAUGGUUAAUAAAAGAAAUGGAUUCUUGUCUUUCUGACAUCUGGUUGCAUAAAGAUAUUGAUGCCUUUGCUCAGGUGUUCCAUCUCAUUUUAACUGAAAAUGUCAGUGUUGAUUAUAGGCACAGUGAAACCAGUGCGACUGCACUAAUGAUUGCUUCAGGGAGAGGCUUUUUGAGUCAAGUAGAGCAGCUGAUCAGUAUGGGAGCAAAUAUCCACUGCAGAUCAUCUAAUGGCUGGAUGGCUGUGGACUGGGCUAAGCACUUCGGACAGACAGAGGUUGUUGACCUGUUGGAAUCCUACAGUGCUUCAGUAGGAUUUGGAAAUCUGGAUGAAAGUUCCCUGGUCCAAACAAGUGGUAGUGACCUUAGUGCAGAGGACAGAGAACUGUUGACAGCUUAUCAUCACAGUUUUGAUGAUGAAAAAGUGGAUCUUGACCUCAUUAUGCACUUACUUUAUAACAUCUGUCAUAAUUGUGAGACCGGAGCGAUUUUAAUAUUUCUUCCUGGAUAUGAUGAGAUAGUUAGCCUGAGGGACCGUAUUCUUUUUGAUGACAGGAGAUUUGCUGACAAUGCGCACAGGUAUCAGGUUUUCAUGCUUCAUUCAAAUAUGCAGUCUUUGGAUCAGAAGAAAGUGCUUAAAAGUCCACCUCCUGGUGUGCGCAAAAUAAUUCUUUCUACAAAUAUAGCAGAAACCAGCGUAACAGUCAAUGAUGUUGUAUUUGUUAUUGACUCAGGCAAGGUGAAAGAGAAGUCUUUUGAUGCACUGAGUUGUGUUACAAUGCUGAAGAUGGUGUGGAUUUCAAAAGCCAGUGCUAUCCAGAGAAAAGGCAGGGCUGGGCGCUGUCAGCCUGGAGUCUGUUUUCGUCUCUUCAGUAGGCUCCGAUUUGAGAAUAUGUUGGAAUUUCAGACUCCAGAACUUCUAAGAAUGCCACUUCAGGAGCUUUGUUUACACACAAAACUUCUGGCUCCAAUUAAUUGUCCAGUUGUUGACUUUCUUAUGAAAGCUCCUGAUCCUCCACCAGCUUUAAUUGUGAAAAAUGCUCUGCAAAUGCUCAAGACUAUAGAUGCCAUGGACCCUUGGGAAGAUCUUACUGAACUUGGUUAUCAUCUCACUGAAUUGCCAGUGGAGCCACACCUCGGUAAAAUGGUGUUGUGUGCCGUUGUUUUGAAGUGCCUGGAUCCUGUUCUUACCAUUGCCUGUGCUCUUGCCUACCGAGACCCUUUUGUGCUGCCCACGCUGGCCUCUCAAAAGCGGGCAGCCAUGCUGUGCAGGAAGCGUUUUACUGCGGGAACCUUCAGCGACCACAUGGUGCUUCUCCGGGCUUUCCAGGCAUGGCAGAAGGCACGCAGUGAUGGCUGGGAGAGAGCCUUCUGUGAAAAGAACUUCCUCUCUCAAGCCACAAUGCAAAUCAUCGUAGGAAUGAGAACACAGUUGCUUGGCCAGCUUAGAGCCUCAGGCUUUGUUAGAGCCAGAGGAGGAGCUGAUAUUAGAGAUGUUAAUGCUAACUCUGAAAACUGGGCUGUAGUUAAAGCUGCUUUAGUGGCUGGGAUGUAUCCCAAUCUUGUGCAUGUAGACCGAGAGAGCCUGGUUUUAACUGCACCAAAGGAGAAGAAAGUACGAUUUCAUCCAACCUCUGUUCUUAGUCAACCUCAGUAUAAAAAGAUUCCCCCAGUGAAUGGCCAAACUGCAGCUGUUCAGGCCCUCCCUACAGACUGGCUGAUAUACGAUGAAAUGACUAGAGCUCACAGGAUAGCAAACAUCAGGUGCUGUUCUGUUGUAACACCCAUCACUGUGGCUCUCUUCUGUGGACCAGCUAGGUUACCAAGUAAUGCUUUACAGGCAUCUUCGUCCUGUCAAGGAGACAGGGCAUCCAGUGAUAGCAGUGACAGUGAGAUGGAGGACAGAACAACUUCUCAUGCAUCACUACUAAAGCUAGAUGAAUGGCUCCAUCUCAAACUGGAUUCUGAAGCUGCUGGUUUGCUGUUGCAACUCAGACAGAAGUGGCAUAGCUUAUUUCUGCGUCGCAUGCGAGCUCCUUCUAAAUCGUGGUCUCAAGUUGAUGAAGCAACUGUAAGAGCAGUUGUAGCUGUUUUAACUGCUGAAGAACAGUCUGCAGGUUUGCAGCAACCUUCAGGAAUUGGUCAGAGACCAAGACCUGUGGCCUCUGAAGAUCGUCUUGUACCAUCUACAUGGAGGUCAACUAACACCAGGAGAAAUACUGUAGAAGCUGAAUUCUCUGACUCCUCUAAUGCUGAAAAAGUUCUCAUGAGGUCUAUACGUCCUGUAAUUCAUCAGCCGAAGAAGUACAAACGAAAAAAUGUUUUGCACUCCAAACAAACUUCAGAUGACAGGUCAGAUCAAUCAUCAGUGAAGUCUGCAGACAGCAGUAGCUUCCCUAGCCCCUGUGCUAGUCCAUCUUCGAUAUCUGGAAAGGCUUCCAAAUCACCUUCCCCAAGACAAAAUAUGCCAGUUCGGUACUUUAUAAUGAAAAGUAGCAACUUGCAGAACAUUGAGAUUUCUCAGCAGAAAGGUGUAUGGUCCACUACGCCAAGUAAUGAACGAAAACUGAAUGGAGCCUUUUGGGAAAGCAGCAUGGUUUACUUAGUCUUUUCUGUUCAAGGGUCUGGACACUUCCAGGGUUUUGCUAGAAUGUGUUCAUCAAUAGGGUGUGAGAAAAGUCAGGACUGGGGAUCUGCUGGAUUUGGAGGUGUAUUUAAGGUGGAGUGGAUCCGAAAAGAAAGCAUUCCUUUUCAGUUUGCACAUCAUUUGCUCAACCCUUGGAAUGACAAUAAGAAAGUACAAAUAAGCAGAGAUGGCCAGGAGCUGGAACCACAAGUUGGAGAGCAGUUGCUGCAGCUGUGGAACCAUAUUCCUUUGGAAUGAAAAAACUCAACUGAUUAAGCAUGUCAUAUAAUGAGAUGGAGCUGACAUUGUUGAAACAUCAGCUCUAACCACUAGAACCAACAGCAUGUCUACAAUACCAAGAUAAGGAAGAAGGUGGCACAACAAACAAACUCCUGAAGCUCUUAGUCAUGCUAGCUCUUAGCUAGCAGUGGGAAAAAAAGAGGGAAUUAUGUUUGUUUUGGUGUUUCCUUGUUGUAAAAAAUAUCAAUAAGGUUGUCCAUCAGUCUUUUUUGACUGAAUUAUUUUUUUCUACAGUAGUGGGCAGAUACUUGAAAGUGUGGUAAAGUUCAAAAUUAAGUUUAAAGCAAUGCACCACAUGUAAGUUUUUUGUGGGUUUAAAAUAGCACAGCAGACAGUUUACAUUUAAAGCAUUCUCAAUCCAGUAAAUGUAUGAAAGAAACCAGUUUAAUGUUAAUUAAUCAUUUUUGCAGUUUGAUUAAAAUAAAUAAAUUGAGAACAGAUGUCUCCAAAUAUGUUGGGAGAGUCCUUAAUUGUUUGGUGAACUUCUGUAUGCACAGUACAAGAGAGAAGGAUAGGUUCAAUUACAAACAACUAUACAGCUGGAGAACGCUAGUUUUUGAAUUCUAGUUUAAAUAUAGAAGGGAAAGAAGUAUGAGACUUUUUUGAGUGUGGCUUGGUCCAGUGGUAUUUCCAGUUUCAAUUUUUUUGCCCCUAAAAAUACUCACACUUUGACAAGCUGAGACAGUCUUUCAGAGGCCUGUGGCCAAAUGGUAUUUUAAUAGUUCACUAUCUUGAGCAUUGUUACAAGAUUUCUACUUCUUUUAUAAAAAAUAAAAAAUAAUUACCAGUACAA